GCGCAUUUCUUCAGUUUAAUUCACUCACGAACUGUUGUAUAAAAGUCUGAGUCGCUGUCCACAACGGUUUAUUCAUCUCAACGCAUUCAAAAUAACUACAGGCAUAGUAAACACAAUGUGCACCGUCUGCUUUUUGUGGUUUAUUGCGUGUUCUCUUCUGAUGACAAAUGCCAGUAUUUUAAAUGACUUACAAGAAGCACAAAAGUUUAUGGAACAGUUGGACUACGAUUAUUCGGCAGUGGUUGCCGACGCUGCAGCGGCGGCGGCGCAACAGAGGCCUAUCUCCGACCUGCUGUGGUACGAUUAUGGCGGUAGCGUCGGGCGGGGAGAAAGCGGCGGCGGAACAAGCGGCGCCAGCUAUUACGGCACCGGAUCUCCGGCCACCGGUGUGGCCACGGCCGCGUUGUUUGGGGCCGACAAGCGGGGCGGCACUACCCAAGCGAGCAACGGCGGCAUAUGGUUUGGGCCGCGGUUGGGCCGCAGGAAACGUCGCGGUGGAUCGCCGUUUGGCGGCGGCGGCGUCGCGCAGUCAGUGGACGGGAACGCGAUCGCGCCGGCCGCUUCGUCGCUGCAGGAUUCGUUGGCCGCGGGUUCGACGUCGGUGGCGGCAGGACAGGCCGCUGUCUCAAAUUUGAUCAACAAUGUGCCGUGGGUGCUGGUACCGAUCAUCGAUAAUUCCUUGUACAAUCAGAUUCAGAUGAAGCAGAACGCGAGGAACGGUAGAUCGUCGGAGGAGGACGAUGAUGACGACGCGGCGUCGCGGUCGCGGCAUACGGCCAGGUCGCCGCCUUACUCGCCACCUUUCUCGCCGCGUCUCGGUCGACAGGCAAUCAUGAACCAGCCUCAGGUCCCUCGGCUUGGCCGCGAAACGUUGCUGUACCGGCGGGACGCCAGAAACGCGUUGUACCAGCAAUCGAACGCGACGCUGCUCAGACAACAGCGACAGCAACAGCAACAGCUGCAGCAGGCCUCGUCGCUGCAAGCGGCCACCGAAUCGGCGGCGGCGCGACGGCAGGCCGUAGUGUAGACGACUUCCGCGGGCUUCAUAACGUGCUUAUUGAACCGAACGAUGGGACAAGAUCGAUGUUCACACGUUCAUUAUAUAUGUUAUAUUAUAAUAUAAUAUUAUGAUUUAGUGUAGUCGGUAUUUUUGGUAGUCUAUAAUAAAAACGAUAACGAUAACGAUUAUUAUUAUUA